AGUCUAGGCAGCUCAGCGCGAGGGCAGGACCGCAUCCCGGAGCUGGCCGCUGGCGCUAGCUGCUCACAUCAGUGUCCAUUUAUCCAAACGACGAGCCCCAGUGUCGGAGUGCUGCUGUCGAGGUGCACACUCGCCUCGGCGCACCUCAGGUCCAGACAUCUCUACCGGCUGCUGACACCGCGGAGAGGAAAGUGCGGAGCCAGGAAGAUACUCCGGGAUUUUUACUUCAGGAUUUCACAGGCUCUGGCCCAGCUUUGGUUUCAGGGUACAUUCACUGCUCCGCAUCUUUUAUUUAAAUACGGUUUAUCUAAAAACAGAUGGACCACUUUAUCCGUGCGUAAAAGCUGUGCUUUUGGAAUAUUAUACAAGAUCUCCAAGACCUUUCACUUUCUUCCUGAGAUGAGGACCGUGCGCGCUUCAAGACAGCUCUGAAAUUACUGACUCGCACUUGUUCCCUCGUCACAAAUUGGGAACCAAAUGUAGAAAGGGCAAAGCUUAUUAACUUUGCAUGCGAGGCUAUAGUGUGGAAUCUAAUUCGCAGGGUUCCAGUUCCAUUUGCAUAUCACUGGGAAACGAGGAUAAACUUGAUCGACGACUGAUUCAAACCUUUUGGAUUGUAGAAUGCAUCUCCUUUAAUCUGGACCACACAAGUAUGAGGCAGAAGGAUCAGUGAACGCUCCUACCUGCAUGGAGUUUUAGCUUCACCACGGAGCAAUUUAUGGUUGGCCACAGAAGUCCUCCGGCUGUUGAACCGUGCCCACCUCGCCAUGCUGGCCUGUCUGCAGAGGAGGCAGAACCCCCCUCCCCAGCACCCAGUGUGUACCAGCAAGGCCCUGGAGCCACCACAAGCCCUGGGACGGAAAUGCGAGCUGGUGCCUACACACUCCCCUCGCUACCCCUCAGCUGCAGAACUUGAUGCGUACGCCCAGAAGACAGCCAACAACCCUCUCUCCAUCAAAAUCUUUCCCACAAACAUCAGGGUACCCCAGCACAAGCACCUUAACAGGACUGUGAAUGGAUAUGACACCACAGGCCAGCGCUACAGCCCUUACCCACAUCUCCAUACAGGUGGAUACCAGGGCCUGCUGGCCAUCGUCAAACCCUCCUCCUCUUCUUCAUCUGCCCCCAUGUUUGUCCCGUCAAAAGGAGUUCUUAAGAACUCUGAUGGAAGACGGACUAAGCUCUCGCCAGCCCACAUAGCAGUUGCCCCAUACCCACCUCCAAAUAGUAGCACUUUAGCCACAGGCCAUGGCCAAAUGGUCUAUCCUCUCGGACCCACUAAGCCUCAAGAAGGAUCUGGACUGUCAGUUCCCCCAAAUGUCACUGUUGCAGGGUCUGUGAUUCCUGUGACAGGAGGGCGAGGCCUCGCCCUGCCCCCACAGUCAAACCUCCCUUCAAUUCAGAGCAUCAUCUAUCAGAUCAACCAGCAAUGCCAGGCACAGGUCAUGCAGCAGGCAUGUCAGGGAGCUGCCACUGCGUCAUCUAACGCCAGCCCCUCUAAACAAGGCUCCACAGUGAUGGGCUCCUCUAGCUCCUCAGGGGGAGGCUAUGGGGUAGCUAUGGGGCCCCAGGGUAACAUGGUAUACACUGGGCCUGUCCCAACUCAGAACUCGGAGGCAAUAAAACAUGGCGUUUACCCUGACAGCAUGGACUACAUCCUUUGGCAAAAGCAGCAGCAGCAGGCUGUGCUCCGCAUGUACAGCGGGGGCAGUGGGGGUGGAGGUGCCGUGAGCAAGUCCCCUGAAUCAAGUGUUCCUGGAGGAAUCAUGGGUGCCCAGGGGUCCUCCUCCUCCUCCAGACCUUAUCAUCUGACUGCGAGUGGAGGAGGGGGGCUGGACAAAGUCAGUUCAUCCCCUUUGAAUUGUGUUGGGAUGCAUGGGAACUUCUCAGUGGGGCAAUACUUUGCUCCUCCAUGGAACAGUGUGUUGGUUACUCCAGACAGUGACUGCUACAACCCCCAGGAGUUUUUGGGCACCUCUACAGGUGGUCCCGCCACAGGCCACAGAGAGUUGGGCUACCCCCAUCACCACCACUACCAUCACCAUCAGCACCACCCCGCCAUGGACAGUGGGGGUGCUCUAUGCUGCAGUCUGCCCAGCAAAAGCCUGUGUAACACAUCAGUGCUGAGCAGCAGCUUGCAGUCUUUGGAGUACCUAAUCAAUGACAUCCACCCACCCUGCAUCAAGGAGCAGAUGCUCGGGAAAGGCUAUGAGACUGUGUCUGUGCCGCGGCUGUUGGACCACCAGCACGCACACAUCCGCCUCCCUGUUUACAGAUAGGGAGGAUGGACAGGGACAGAAUUCAGAAGAAAAAAUCAACACAUUGUUGUGUUGUUUCUUUGGUUAGAGUUUGUGGCACUGCAUUGACAGUGACAGUAAAUGAGAGUUGUUGUGCAGUAUGGUACUAGGUUUGGUGAAUUAAAAUAAACUGUAAGACACUAAAUUUACAGGGGAGAGAAAAGGGAUGUUCCGUUGUGUGAUAUGCCAAUCGGAAAUUUGGACUUUUUGAAAAAAAAUAUUUUAUUUUAUUGUAAUUGCCUGAACCUUUUGAUAGAGCUUAACAUAAAGUGCAAACAGCACUCUUAUCCCCUUCCAAAUGCUAAGGAUAAAGCUACUGGGUAGGUUGUCACUGAAAAGGUCUUAAUGGCCAAUGUUUAGGGCUGCUUUUGAAAUCCAAAACUCUCUAACAGUGCAUAUGCUUUUAUUAAUGAGACCAUAGUGAUACAUGAGUGAAGAGUGAAAUCAAUCUUAGGUCCUACAAGGAUCCAAGGAGAGAUGGUACAUUAUUAGUUAAUAUAAUUGAUACAAACUUGCACUGCUUGAAUCUUGUUAACUUUGUUGUUUGGAAUUGGGUAGUUUGCAAAUGAAAUAUUUAAGAAACUUGAAAACUUGAACCUAUUUUUGUUGUUUUAUAUAUUUGUAGUUAUGUUAUGUUAUGCAUUGGCUGCUAUGAGGGAGUGUUUGGAUGCUUUUAUCAUUUUGUUUGUUUGAUUUACUAACUUUCUCCUCAAGCUGAUGUGCAGUUUCUUAUGUCCUUGUGUAAGACAUAGUUACUGUUUUGGUUCUGUAAGAACCGGUCACAGAUCUCUCUUGCUAACACUGGAAUCUUCUAGAAAUCUUGAUAAACUAUUUAAAAGGAAAUUCCAGCAAAAAUUCAAGAAAAGUAAUGUUACAAUGAAGAAUGUGAUUGAGGGUUAUCACCUUAACCAGUGUGUGUGAUACUGUGUGUAUGAGGCCGAGUGCAUGCAUGUGUGCAUUUUAGCUUUUGUUUUUCAAAAUCCUCAGACUUUUUAAACUUUGCAUCAUUACACUUUUUUGGUAAAGACUGAUCAACUGAUGUAUCCCAAAAACUUCAAAUUUAUGGAACAACGAGGAUAACUAUCAAGCACUCAGAUGACUAGAGGUGCAUGAGUGAGAUGGGAGUGGGGAUUUACUGCAGGGGUACUCUACACAAACAAACAGAAACAAUCAUGCAGUGUCCUUUGGGGUCAGGGGGAACGAGUUUCAGUCCAUAGACUUGAGUCACAACAGUGAAAUAUUUAUUAUGACUGUGAGAUUCCCUUGAAUGUACUGCACUUAAAUUACUGCUAUAGAUUGUUGCCUUGUGGGACUCGAAUGAAAAUGGAUCAGUGCAGCAGUCUUCUGGUCUUAAAUUAGCAUUUCUUUUGUCAGUGAAAUUUCAAUGGAAAUUUGAAUUUAUUAACAGAAGGGAAAAGUGAAGCUUUGUUCUGGGGAAAACUGGCAUCAAGAUUUAUAAAGUGCAAUUAUUAUGACUGUAUUAACAUUUUUGUCUGAGCUUACACCAAAAAAUGUAAAUUACAGUUGUCAAUACAUUCCCAAUGUACCACAAUCCUAAUCUUUUUUGUUUGAGGUGUAAAAUAAAUUUCUUUAAGAAUUUAUUCAGAAGCCACACUCUGGCUUUGAAGUCUGUCAUUAUUUGUUACUGUUUUUAUUCAUGUUACUGUCACUCAAUAAUUAUUUUUUUCUGUGGUUUACACAUUGGCUCUCCAAAAGCAAUUCUCAAGGAGCUUUGUAAAACAAGAAAUCUACUGCUAAGAAGUAAAAUGGAAACAUUUGUAUGCCCCAAAAGAUCAGAUUUCUAAAACAAUAGCCAACUUUUAUGAGCCUUAAACUCUGAGCUGAUGGUGCCGGCUCAUGUCAAGGUUGACAAAGACUCCGUGUCAAGUAUCAAGCCCUUUGGCUGAAAUUUGCACAGUAAGCCUCCUUAACAUUCCAGCAAAAUCUGUGUGUUGUUUCAGAGUCCUAAUACCCAGCAUAUUUCUGUCUUGUAGAAAUAUUUUGACAGAUUUACAGAUACGGCCCAUCUCUAAAUCCCCUGUGCUUGGCUUCAGUGCCUGAGCAUUAAACCCUGUCACAUGAUG